UACGCUUGUUCCUGCUCGCUGCACGCAGCCGACUGAGUUGGCAUCAAUGGGACGACGAUAAACCACUGCAUCUCCAAGUCUCGUGUGCCAGCAGCAAGCUUAGCCUCCCCUCGAUUCGCUUCCAUGUCGCCUAUUCCGAUCCAUCCUUCGCCAUCCACCACCCCCGCUUUCCCCAACCACCGCGCUCAGAACCCGCACCCGCCCGCAUCCUCCUCGUACCCUAGCCUCGCAGCCGCGGCUGUCGAGGCAGCGGCAUGUGCGGCGGCAGCCGGCGGUAUAGGAGCCAGUCGAGUGUUACACGAGCGGCUAUGUCUUCGCAUAGAUGUCGCCAGCCAAUCGCUCGCCGGUUUCGCGGAACUACACGUUUCCCUGCCGUCCGCCAAGCUUCCGCUCGUUCCGCCGGCUGGCCGUGACCCGCCGCCGCGCGAUCCUUCCGCUGCGCCGGAGUCUCCCUCCAGGUCGCUGCCCGCUUCCGCUCCCCCGCUGGCAGGCGCUUCCGGAACCGCUGACGUGACGCGGACGCGCUCAUUGGACGAGUGCCUUGCGCGUGACGUUGGGGGAGCGCGGGCGGGAGCGCAGGCGGCGGGGGAGGGCUGCGCGAGCGCGGAGGAUCUGGCACUCCACACACAGGCACACGCACAGAAACAGUUGCAGGCGCAGGCUCACGCACGGGGGGGAGCAGCAGGAGCAGCAGGGGCUGCAGCAACCAGCAGUGCGGGUGCUGCAGCUACCACAGAGGACGGGCAUGCAACAGAAAGCAAGGAGAAAGAGAGGGAGAAGGAGAAGGAGAAGGAGAGGGAGGGAGCAGGAGCAGCAGAGGGCGAGGGAGGGGAAGGUGGGGCAGAAGUAGUGGUUCGAGUGAGAGUGGACUAUCAGCUGCCACCACAGCAUGCCACAUCCACCGUACCUCCCACUGCCGCUGCUGGCACUACCACCAGCAACAGAAACUUCAGUGGCAGCGGCAGCGGCGGCAGCAGUGGAGGGUGGGUGAACGGCGGUGUGCACUUUGCGGUGGGGUGGAUGCACACGGUGCUGGGCGUGCCUCGCCGGGCGCGGUGCUGGAUGCCGUGCGUCGACUCGCCGCGCCACCGCUGCUCCUUCCACCUCUCCCUCUCCGUGCCCCAGCCCCUCCGCGCCGUCGCCCCAGGCACUCUCCUCUCCCUCACUCCUGGCGUGUGGGAAGUCACACCCACCCCGACCACCACCGUCAACCCACACCCCUUCCCUCUCCCGCACCCCCACCUCGACCCCCCCACGGCACCCCUCCACACGUUCACCUACCAAAUGACUGUACCAGUCGCAGCGCACCAGGUGGCCAUCGCAGUAGGCCCGUUUGUGGAGCUGAGAGACCCGCGCUGCCCGUCGCUCUCGCACUGCUGCUCGCAGCCCGUGCUGGCGUCCGGCGCCCUCGCGCGCACCACUGCCACUCUGGACGCCGCCUUCCGCGUGUUUGAGGACUACAUGGGGUCGCCCUUCCCCUUCCCCUCCCACCGCGUCCUCUUCCUGCCAGAGGCGCACGGCGAACCCCCCCACGCUGCUGCUGGUGCUGCUGCGGCUGCCGCUGCUGCCACUGCCACUCCUGGUUCACAUGCACGCCCAGGACAGCACCCAGAACAGCAGGGCCAGGGAGCAGUGGCAGCAGCAGCAGCAUCAUCAGCAGCAAGGUUUGUCAGUCAGGAGGGUGAGACGACUCAGGGUAACCAGUCGCUGUGUCCGCUGGGAGGCCGGUGCGUGGCAGGAGCAGCCCUGGUGCUGGUAGACGCCAGUCUGCUCGUCACAGACCGGGACAUCCACACGGCCGUAUCGUCGCGCCUGCGCCUUAGCCCUGCGGACGAGUGGCUGUUGGAGGGGCUGGCAGGGCACCUGGUUCAAGUGUUUGUGCAGCGCUGCCUGGGGGGCAACGAGGCGAGCUACCGCCGCGUGAAGGCGAAUGACGCGGUGUGUGCUGCGGAUGUUGACGGCGCUGCUGCGCUCUGCCCCCGCCCCUCGCUCGCUGCUGCUGUCGCUGCCUCCUCUGCUGCCCAUGCGGUGGUUGCUGCUCUAGGGGCUGGGGAGGGGAGGGGCAGAGAGGGGGGGGAGGAUAAGGGGAAGGGGGGAGGCGGAGCAGGUGGAGGAGGAGGAGGGGAGUGGGGGGUGCAUGGGGUAGAGGCGGCUGCAGCGGCAGCAUGGAAAGCAUGUGCAACCCAAUCAACCCAACUAUCCCAAUCAUCGCAUCCAUUCGCAGCACCCUUUGCGCUGCACCCGUCAGAGCUCGUGUCUCUAGACGCAGCGGCGAGGCGGCUACGAGCGAGCAAGGCAGUGGCAGUGGUGGACAUGCUGGCCCGCCAAAUGGGCGCCGACGCCUUCCGAAAACUGCUCCAAAGGCUCAUGUUACGGUCCCAAGCCACCUCCCGCCGCCUGCGCUCCCUCAGCACCGCUCAGUUCCGGCACUUAGCUAACAAAGUCGGGAACUUAGAAAAGCCCUUUCUCAAGGACUUUUUUCCCCGCUGGCUGCACUCCCCCGGCUGCCCCCGCCUGUCUCUGGCGUUUGCGUACGUGCGGCGCCGGAAUGUGAUCGAGCUCGCUGCGAGGAGGGAGGCCACGGCCCGCCCUGACCUCACUGCCCUCUCCUCCUCCCCCGACGCCCCCCCCCUGCCCCCUGCCGCUGCUGCUGCCACCGCCGCUGCUGCUGCUGCUGGUGGCGGUGGAGCUGGGGGGAAUGAGGGGGGAAUAGUGGGGCAGGGAGGUGCUGGUGGUGGGGGGGGAGGGGGGGCAGGGGAGUGGGGGGGCCUGGUGGACGAGCUGGGGUGGGCGGGGAUGGUGAGCGUCCGAGUGCAGGAGGCAGAGGGGCACUUUGACCACCCGUGCCUGCCGCUGGGCGGCGACAGCUGUCUGCUUCUGGAGCUGCCGUGCCACUCGAAGCUGGCUCUGCGCCGCGUGGCGCAGGCAGGGAAGAAGGGUGCAGGCGGGGGAGCAGGGGCAGGGGCAGGGGCUGGGGCUGGGGCUGGGGCCGGGGCAGCGCCGGGAGCAGCAGGGAGGGGGGGGGAAGUGGCAGAAGAGGAGGCAGGCGCAGGGGCAGAGGGGGCAGCGGGAGGAGCAGGAGCAGCAGCAGGGGGUACUGGUGCGGCUGGUGGGGGGGGAGUGGAGGGAAAAGGGGGGGGAGGAGGAGACAUGCCAGUGCUGUGGAUGAGGGCGGAUCCGGACAGGGAGUAUCUGGCCCACAUGUGCCUCACGCAGCCGGUCUCCAUGUGGGCGGCCAUGCUAGCUCGAGACCGAGACGUCACCGCGCAGACAGCAGCCAUAGCAGCAUUACAGGAAGUGGGGGAUGUGGCAGCAGCCAGCGCUCUCUGUGCGUGUCUCAGCGACCCUUCAGUGUUCUGCCGGGUCCGGGCAGACGCCGCCUUGGCCCUCGCACACUGCUGCAUUGCCGCGUCCUUCGCCCCGUCCUCCCCUCCUCCCUCUCUCCCUGCUGCCAACCCCUCUGACCUAUCCCCUGCGUUGCCUCAGACCCCCCCUGGCGCAGCCAUCACCACCAUCACCAUCAGCACCGGGGGUGGAACCAGCGGCGGCAUCAGCACCAGCAGCAGCGCCCUCCCCGGGUUGGACCUGCUGCUUCGUUUCUACAAGGACCGGUUCUUCGACCCUCUCACCGGCCUCCCCCGCUGCAACGACUUCACCGACUGGGCGGAGUACUUUGUCCAGAUCUGCAUCCCGGCGGCGGUGGCGUCGGUGCGGGACGGGCGGGGGUGCUCCCCGGGCGCGGCGGUGUCGUUCCUGCUCUCGCUGCUCCUGCACAACGACAACUCCCGUAACGCCUGGGAUGACUCGCACUUCCUGUCGACCGUCAUCAGUGCCGCCGCGUCCCUGAGGCUACGUCCAGACCAUGCGGCCCACCCUUCCCACACCACCCACACCAGCACCCCCGGCGCACAUGCAUCCCUGCAGGCAGCGUGGCAGGCGGCAGGGAUGAGCAUCAGCCCGGCUCUAGCGGCCCGGCUGGUGCAGCAGCUGCACCGCUACCUCUCCUUUGACCUCAUUCUCCCCUCCUCCCACCGCCGUGUCUCCGCCGCCUGCCUGCACGCCCUCACCCACCUCUCGCUCUCCCUCCCCCCAUGUGCCUCCGACCUCCCUGCCUUGCGAGCGCUGCUGCUCAGCCAUGCGGGGAGGUGUGUGCGGGAGGCACGUGGGGGGGAGGGAGAGGGGCGGUGGGGCAAGGACUGGGAGGAGGAGGAGGAGGAGGAGGAGGAGAGGGGUGGUUGGCGGGGUGGGGCGGGGAGGAGGGGGAUGAGUGGAAAGGCGCGUGGGGAUGUUGAUAGAAAGGCGGGUUUGAUUAGGAACGGGGUAGGUGCAGGAGGUGAAGGGGAUAGGAGGGGUGAUUGUAGCAGCAGUAGUAGUAGCAGCAGCAGCAGUGGAAGCAGUAGCAGUAGCAGUUGUAGCAGUGACAGUGACUGUAGCAGCAGCAGCAGCAGAGAGAGGAGGAGAACGAGGAGGAAAAGGAGGAGGAAGGGGAAGGAAGAUCAGGAGCAGCUGCCACGUUUACUCUCCGUGCUCCCACCUCCCCCCGUGCGUCUAGCGGCUCUAUGCUGCCUCGUAGACGUCCAUAUGCACCAGCUACUCUCACGCACCACGACACACACCCACUCCCACGCCCCGCACUCUUCCCACUCCACCUCCACCCCCCCACCACCGCCCACCGCAUCACCAGCACCCGCUCUCUCGCCCUCACAAGUCUCCCUAGACCCUCUACUCCGUCUACUUCUGCACCUCACUGUCGGUUCCCACGCCGACCCGUCCCUGCACGUGCGAGUGAAGCUCCUCGCCCACGCCUCUCCCCACCUCCGCCACCUCUGUGCUCUCCUCGGCGCGCCAACUGUUGCCCUGCCCGCCCGCUCCCGCCCCUCCUCUGCUGGGCCAGUUGGUGGGCGGAGCAGGGAGGGCAGCCGGCGCAGGAGCAGAGGGGGAACGCCGUGGGCUGGGGCAGUGCUGGCGGCGGCAACGGGACAGGGGGGGGAAGGGGGGGAAGCAGGAGAAGGAGGAGGAGGAGGAGGAGGAGGAGGAGGAGGAGGAAGGAGUGGGGGGGUAGGAGGGGGAGGAGGGCUUGUGGUGUCAGAGGGGGUGUUGCAUCGCCUCGUUGCCUCCCUCUCCUCGCCUCACGCCUUCUCCUCCCCCCCUCUCCGUCACGCCCUCUUUUCCCUCCUCGCCUCCCUCGCCAACCUCCCCUCUUCCCUCUACCGCCCUCCCCACCUGUACACUCGGGCAGAGGCAGCGGCAGCAGCAGCCAUACGAGCAGGGGGAGCAGGCGCUGCUGCAGGAGCAGCAGCAGGAGGAAUUCUGAGAGCAGGGGGCUCUGUGGGGGCAGGAGGGUCGUCCCUUAGUGGCGGGGAGGAGGGGAGGGGAGAGAGAGGCAGCCAAGGGGCAAAGGAUAAUGAGGAGAGGCGGAGUAAGAAGAAGAGAAAACGAGAUGAUGGGGAGCAAGGUAAGGAAGACAGGAAGGGCAGCGGGAAGAAAUCGAAGGAGGAGAGCGAUAAGGAGAGGGAGAAGGAGAAGGAUAAGAGUAAGCGAGAUGGGAAGAAGGACAAGGAAGAGAGCGAGAGGAAGAAGAAGAAGCGGGAGAUGAGGGAGGGGGAGACAGAGGAGGAGCACAGGGAGAGGAAGAGGCGGAGGAAGGAAGAGAAGAAGCUGAAGAAGAAGAGGGAGAAGGAGGAGAGGAGAAAAGGGGAGGCAUCUGGAGGCAAGAAGAAGAAGCGUGAUGGGGGGGGCAGCAGCGGCGAGAGGGGUAAGGGCGAGCAGAGGGUGCUAGCAGAGGGAGAUGAGGGAGGGGUGGAGGGAGAGGCAGGCAGUAUGCAGAAGCAUGCAGUGGCUGCACAAGACACCAAACAAGACACCCAACAAGACACCCAAGAAUCCCAACAAGACACCCAACAAAGCACCCCACCUACACGAGAGCUAGAAGCUUCAGGUGGUGAUGACGAGAGUGGUGGGGAGGAGAGGGAAGGGGAGGAUGGCGAUGAGGAUGGGGAUGGCACAGGUGGUGAGGAAGGAGGGGGAGGAGUGGGCAGUGAUGAUGAUGGGGGGGAUGGGGGAUAUGGAGGGGUUGCUGCUGAGGAAGGGGAUGGCAGUGGGUGGAGUGAUGAGGAAGCCCAGGCAGUGCAUGUAGCAGUUGGCAUGGGGGCUGCUGACUAGUUCCACCGUCACUCCCCAACAUCUCCUCCACCUCCCCCCCAUGCUGCUGACAGCCCUCAUCAUACCUGUCCACAUCACCAGCAUCAGUAUCUGCAUGACCAUAGGCGUCGGGAUCUUUCGUCCAGCCGCCAGCUGUCUCCACCACCUAGCCAUGAGCCAGCCGGGUCGUUCCCAGCACGUGCAUCGUCUCCUUGCUGAGAGACCCGGUUGUUGCACUGGCGUUGAUUUGAUAGGACCGUAAGAAGUCCUGGUAGGGAGAGAGGACUUCUAUUGGAAGUUUUGAGGUGUAGGGCGGUAGGCCCACUAAUAUUUUAGAAGUUCCCAUGAGAUAUUAGGGGGGAAAUAUUCAGAGCUAUUAAUUUGUUGAAUUAAUUAACAACUGGUUAAUUC